AAUAUUAAUCUCGAUUGUCAGGUGAACUACAGAAACCAUGGCCACCACGCUCCUCCACCUAUCACCAAAAUCGCCACCAGCCUCCGCCCCAAGCUUCCCCGUCCCGAACUCACCGUUCUCAAGACCCAGAUUUCUCCCUCUUCGGCCCAUCAAAACGAAUAAUUCAAAUACCAAAACAAUCUCAUCUUAUAAAAGUGGAAAUGGCAGCAACACGCCUCCCUUGCCCGAAACAGAGUGCCCUGUUCCACCCGAACAACAGCCCAUAAACGAAUACCAAUCCCUCUCCACAUCUUUCCCUUUUUCUUGGGCUUCAGUAGACGUUGUUGAAUACUGCUCUCGCUUGUUCGCUACGGGUGCUUCUUUCGCCCUCUUUGUUGGUCUACCAGUUGCCUGGUUCGGUUCGGCGGGGCCCAUAUCCGAUCCGGUGAGGCCGGUUCUUGCCUCCGUUUCGAGCGGGAUUCUUUUGGUUACGGUUGCUGUUUUGAGGAUGUAUUUGGGUUGGGCUUAUGUUGGGAACCGCUUGCUCAGUGCCACUGUCGAAUAUGAAGAAACAGGGUGGUAUGAUGGACAGAUAUGGGUGAAGACUGCUGAAGUUUUGGCACGAGACAGGCUCCUUGGUUCAUUUUCAGUCAAGCCCGUGCUGAUCAGAUUAAAAUACACACUAGUAACCCUAGCAGUAUCCUUACUUGUAUGUGUUCUUCCCCUCAUAAAUGUUGAUCAGGGAGGUCAAGACAGUUCCUACAUGACAUCUAAAGAAGCUAGGGUUCAAGCUAUACCAGGAGUUUACGAUGAUGAUUCAGCAAGAUCAUUUGAACCAGAUGCAUUCUGUGGUGAACCUGAUCUUUCCUAGUUCGAUCCUUGUGCUGCUGCUGGUAAUACUUUGUACAGUCCAUUAAUCAUAUAUACAUGUAUAGAUAUUCAAAAGUAUAUCUCGUCUACUGUCAGUUCUUUGUGUAUAGUUUAAUUUUAUUUAUUGCUGUGCUUAAUUCUAAUUACAGUAGCUUAUGUU